AGAAGGAACAGUGGGUGUCCAGACACAUCAGACCAAGCAGGCAGCAGCAAAGCAAGAUGUGUCAUCAGAAGUUAACCUUCUCCUGGUUUGCCAUGGUUUUGCUGGUGUCUCCACUCAUGGCCAUGUGGGAGCUGGAGAAAGAUGUUUAUGUUGUAGAGGUGGACUGGCGCCCCGAUGCCCCUGGAGAAACGGUGACCCUCACCUGUGACAGUCCUGAAGAAGAUGACAUCACCUGGACCUCAGACCAGAGACGUGGAGUCAUAGGCUCUGGAAAGACCCUGACCAUCACUGUCAGAGAGUUUCUAGAUGCUGGCCAAUACACCUGCCACAGAGGAGGCGAGACUCUGAGCCACUCACAUCUGCUGCUCCACAAGAAGGAAAAUGGAAUUUGGUCCACCGAGAUUUUAAAAAAUUUCAAAAAUAAGACUUUCCUGAAGUGUGAAGCACCAAACUACUCCGGACGGUUCACCUGCUCAUGGCUGGUGCACAGAAACACGGACUUGAAGUUUAACAUCAAGAGCAGCAGCAGUUCCCCUGAGUCUCGGGCGGUGACAUGUGGAGCAGCAUCUCUGUCUGCAGAGAAGGUCACACUGAACCAAAGGGACUACGAGAAGUACUCAGUGGCGUGCCAGGAGGACGUCACCUGCCCAACUGCCGAGGAGACCCUGCCCAUUGAACUGGUGGUGGAGGCCCAGCAGCAGAAUAAAUAUGAGAACUACAGCACCAGCUUCUUCAUCAGGGACAUCAUCAAACCGGACCCACCCAAGAACCUGCAGGUGAAACCUUUGAAGAACUCUCAGGUGGAGGUCAGCUGGGAGUACCCUGACUCCUGGAGCACUCCCCAUUCCUACUUCUCCCUCAAGUUCUUCGUCCGCAUCCAGCGCAAGAAAGAAAAGACGAAGGAGACAGAGGAGGAGUGUAACCAGAAAGGUGCGUUCCUCGUAGAGAAGACCUCUGCCGAAGUCCAAUGCAAAGGGGCGAAUAUCUGUGUGCAAGCGCAGGACCGCUACUACAAUUCAUCAUGCAGCAAAUGGACAUGUGUACCCUGCAGGGGCCGAUCCUAAGAUGUAACUCUGGAAGGAAAGAAAAGUGCAAGUCGUUAGGAAAGAAAAAAUUUACACUCAUGAUGGAAGAGACCCCCAAAAGCUAUUUUCUGCUUUUUUUUUGGCUUUUUCCAGUUUUUCUGAGUACAUAAUGACACCUUUGCUACAUUUCUACACUUAAAUGUUAAAUGCCUGCAGAGACAAUGAGCUAAUUUAUGCAUAGAGGUUUUAGCAUUCUCCACGGCCUUAUGCUAUUGAAAUAUUUAAGUAAUUUAUGUAUUUAUUAAUUUAUUUCUGUAUUUAACAUUUGUGCACCAAGAUGUAUUGAAUAUUUCAUGCUCGUGGCCUGAUCCACAGGGACCACAGGCCCUAUUAUGCAAAAUGUAAAGUUGUUAUCCUCUCCAACAACCCUUCAACCAAGGCUCCCUAGGUACCUUGGCUUUUGUGACAACCAAUAAGAACACAGUAUUCUGACACAAGCAGUGUUAUGUAUUUGUGGCCAAUAAAGACAUAGGUGGUGUUUAGAGAGAGGAAGAAGCUGUAAGGCAGACUAUGGAGAGUUUAGCAUAGUUUCAACACCAAGAAGUGAUAUCGAUAAGAAAUCAGGGCCUUCUUUGGAAAGGAAGCCUUUAAAUACCUAAAUUUAAAAGAAGUUUAAAGGCCACAUAUUGGUGGCAUGUGCUUUUUAAUCCCGGCACUCAGGAGGCCAAGGCAGGUAGAUCUCUGUAAGUCUGAGGACAGCCUGGUGUACAGAGCAAGUUCCAGCACAGCCAGGACCACACAGAGAAACCUUGUCUCAAAAACAAUUAAAAAAAAAGACUAGAACUUGAAAUGCAGGUUUGGGUAUAUAGCUCAGAGGGCAGUGUGCUUACCUAACAUUCGUGAAGAGCUGACAUUGGUCCUCAGCACUGCAUAAACUAAGCUUGGUCUAAUCCUAGCACUGGGGGAAGAGAGGCAGAAAACUCAGAAGUUCAAUGUCAUCCUUAGCUACCUAACAAGGCCAGGCUAGGCCUCAUACUAGCAUGCUACAAUUUCUCAAAAAGAAGGAAAGGAAAUAGGGGUGGGGAGAUUCAAUCGCUUGCCUCCUUGGCAGUCCCCACCCCCAACACUCUGUAAGACAGGGGAGCAGAGACGCCCUGGGUGUCUGGAAGAAUAGAAGCUUUUGGAAGUUGAGGGGCAAGAUAGUGAAGCUGUGACGAAAGGACCUAAAAGCCUGGGCACCUUAAUAACCACACAAAUGGGUGCAAAGAAAACCAUCCGGGAUCGCCAUGUCAACAGCCCGCGUGAACCUAAGGUGCGGAUUGGACCAUGAAGACCCUAGUGCUACGUAAGGGCACAAGGGCCACGCUUCUAGUAGUGACUUGCAUAUGCUUUUCACGUGUUUGAUUGUCUAUUUGUGCUUUCUGAGACCAAAUAAAUAAAACCUCUUCCUUGCA